AUGGGCGGCCGCGAUCACUUGUUCAAAGUGCUGGUGGUGGGGGACGCCGCGGUGGGCAAGACGUCGCUCGUGCAGCGAUACUCCCAGGACAGCUUCAGCAAACACUACAAGUCCACGGUGGGAGUGGAUUUUGCUCUGAAGGUUCUCCAGUGGUCUGACUCAGAGAUGGUGCGGCUCCAGCUGUGGGAUAUUGCAGGGCAGGAGCGCUUCACCUCCAUGACUCGACUGUACUAUCGGGAUGCGUCAGCCUGCGUUAUUAUGUUUGAUGUUACCAACGCCACGACCUUCAGCAAUAGCCAGAGGUGGAAGCAGGACUUGGACAGCAAGCUCACCCUGCCUAAUGGAGAGCCUGUGCCCUGCCUGCUCUUGGCCAACAAAUGUGACCUGUCCCCUUGGGCAGUGAGCCGAGACCAGGUUGACCGGUUCAGUAAAGAGAAUGGUUUCACGGGUUGGACAGAAACAUCAGUCAAGGAGAACAAAAAUAUUAAUGAGGCCAUGAGAGUCCUCAUUGAAAAGAUGAUGAGCAAUUCCAGAGAAGAUAUGUCUUUAUCCACCCAAGGGGACUAUAUCAAUCUACAGACCAAGCCCUCCUCCAGCUGGGCCUGCUGCUAAUAGUGUCUGGCUUGUUUUCCCUCCUACAUUUAGGAGGUCUUUUCAUCUCUUCCCUUCGGAUGCCCACCCAGCAAUCUUAUUAAUCUUAUUAAGUACGUUUGGACUGUCUCUUGCCAGUUAUCCGGGAAGGAGGACCAUCGCCACUAAGGAGAGACCUGUGCCUUUCUGCAUCUCGCAGGUUCCUACUUGCUGCCGGCCCCCAUGGCUCAGUACCUUCUGUAUAAGAAAAAUCACCUUAUCCCUCAUUUUGUGACCCAGGAUUUUGUGGGGAGCAUUAGAAAUCAGCACCUGUAUUGUAAGGAUCCUAAUUGCCACC